GCUCCAAGCAUUUUUCGGGGGGCUUUUACGUCUGCUGUGCCUGCCUCUUCUCCCAAAAACCACCCCUUAUGUCACUUCUUCCCUCAUGACCUCAUCGCCCAACAUCUCCCUCUAACACCUGCAACUUAUCAUUCCCAUCCAAACUGCGUCAACGCCAAUUCACAGCAACACAACGCCCCAAGUACAGCAGCAACCAUACAAAAUUCAAUAGCAAAUACGUAUCUCUCAUUUAGUCUAGCCUAUAUCGUCACUCAUUCAUCAAUUAAACGCCACGAUAUCCUAGGUUAGCGACCCGUUCGCUCCUAAUUUCCCAGAGGUAGUUUGCCUUUUUUUUCUUUGCAAGCUGCCUCCCCCCAAGUCAGCCGUUGUGCGUCAAGCGUAUCGUUACAUCAUAUACCUUCCCCAGAACGCACGUACACACGCAUACACAUAACCCAGCGCCAUAAAACCAACUUCGUCAUCGUCGUCACUAUGGCUCCGACCGAGACCAAAUCAUCAGAUAAUCCUUUGUCAGAAACAAACGGCGACAAGAAACCCGAGCUGAAGUCGGAGAGUGCUGCCAACAACGAACCUGGUCGACCGUUGGCGCCUCCACCCAAACCCGGCGACGAUUACUUCUCGAGUAACCUGAGCCUCGAGCCCAACCCAUUUGAACAAUCAUUUGGCACGGGAGGCACGGUGGAAACCCCCGGUGGUACUAAGUUGCCCAGUGUGGCUGCCUUGACCUCGCCGUCGUCGUUGUUGCCGGGGAACGGAAGCACGCCAUUCAACUGGGGAGGCGGAUCUCUUAGGACGGGACCGCUCAGUCCGGCGAUGCUUUCCGGUCCGGCGAAUGACUACUUCGGCGACACGUCGCAUACACUGCGCGGUGGAUUUACACCUAAUGAGAGUUCACUACGAACCGGCCUGACACCGGGUGGAAGUGGCUCUAUGUUCCCUGCCCCGAGUCCCAACUCGCAAGCUCUCUUUGCACAAUUAGCAAGUGGUACCGCCACCCCUAGCACGCUCGACUUUCAUCGAACCGCCAUGAGUGCAGCAGCCGCGAAAGCAAAUCGUGACAAGCAGCAAGCACAACCCGUGACGUCGCAACCAGAGACGAACGGGGCACAGGUGAAGACCGAAGCCAAGCAAUCUUCGGGUGCAUUUGAUCCCCAUGACAACGACGCUGCCAACGGUUUGUUCAUGUUAGCCCAGGGCGCCCAGGGCCGAAACGGCACCCAAACGCAGUAUCCUGUCGGUGGUAAUCAGCCAGUUCAUGCUCACCCUGCUCCACCACCACCCAACCAAGCUAGUAGUACAUCGCCACAGAUGAAUGGUAAUGGUGCUACGGCUGCGUCGCCGACGAGGGGAGUCAGCGAGGCAGCUAGUGGGAUUUCGGACGACAGCGAACCCGCGAAGCCAAACAUGAGGGGGAAGGGAAAGCGUGGCAGUGGUGCAGCUACCAACGGACGACGUAAAGCCGAGGAGGCACCCGCGAAGCAGCCUGCUAAUAAAAAGCCAAAGACAGCUCCAUCAUUGAAUGGCAAUGACAUGUCCUCAGAUGAAGAGGAUGAUGAAAAGGGCGGUGAUUCGCAUGGUAAAUCGAAAAUGACAGAUGAAGAAAAGCGGAAGAACUUCCUUGAACGAAACAGGGUUGCCGCGUUGAAAUGUCGCCAACGUAAGAAGCAAUGGUUGGCUAAUCUCCAAAGUAAAGUGGAGAUGUUCAGUAGUGAGAACGAUGCCUUAACAGCGCAGAUUUCUCAGCUCAGGGAAGAAGUCGUUAAUCUUAAGACCCUUCUGCUUGCCCAUAAGGAUUGUCCGGUGACGCAGCAGCAAGGGUUGCACGGGGCGUUCAUGCAACAAGCGAUGGAGACUUACAACCCACAGAUCAACCCCUAUGGGAUGGCAGCACCCAUCACGAACCAACCCGUUAUGGCGGGUCAGGGAGUGCAGCGACGCUUCUCAUAGGAUGAACUGGUCUCUCCCGAAAGUUCCGUCUAUUCGAAUAUAGAUUACUACAACGAAGAGCAAAGAGGAGUGAUCAAUAUCGCGGGUCCUGGGCAGUAGACGUCUCAGUCCCUGUGGAUGUUUGGUCACCAUGCGUUUGGCUGUUUUUUUCAAGAAAAAAGAAAACACCUUAAUGGUAUUGGGUGGUAGGAAAAGUGAUUAGGCGCUCCUGCUCUUCUGACGACAGUAGAGGUUGGCGAACGUUCCCAGACGAGGGGACGUCUGCCUGUUAACUCUUGCGUCUGUAAUAACAUUCGGAAAUUCACGAGAGCACGAUAGGGCGUUUAGGCUAUGGCUGCAUUGUGGCACGUCUUACCGCGUUAGCGGGUGACGUAUCGCCUACAGCUUCGCCAUAUUAUCGGGUGAUAUUGAUAUAUGUACGUAUCUGGCUGGGCAUACACAUUAAAAACGGUGUUUAAGGAGGGGAACACUGGAAGUAUUUUGCUAUUACAACCUAGGCGUUGAGAAGGGACGGGAUGAUGCGCAAAUAGGGACUCGCGCCAUCAACGUCUAUCUCGGGAGUUUCUGGUCUUCGUUUCGGCCGUUUAUAUUAGCUAGCUGAUACACGUAGGCUCUUAGCGAACGAUUUACUGUCUUAAAA